AAGUGUCUGGGUACACUUUUCGACCAUUUUACCUCUAGGCUUCUUUGAAGAAGGGGUGAUCGUUUUUGGAGGAAAAAAUGGACAACGGAGCUUCCAACACCAUGACCAUGUUCACAACGCUUCUCACAGCGGCCAUCACCUACUACAACUACCCCGACAUCGAUCCUAACCAAAGGGCGACUAAUCACCCCAUCUGGGCUCUACAGGAAGAAUAUGAUUUCAUAAUAAUAGGCGCUGGAUCUGCAGGAAGCGUUUUGGCAAACAGGCUUUCAGAAAUAUCUGGGUGGACCGUUCUAUUGGUUGAAGCAGGUGGAGACGAGACAGUCAUCUCUGACACUCCUCUUUUAAAUUACAACCUUUGGUUUACCGACAUGGACUGGAAUUACACGACCAUUCCUCAACAGAACGCUUGCGGAGUGACAAAUGGUACGUGUAUAUGGCCCAGAGGGAGGGUCAUAGGAGGUUCAAGCGUCGUCAAUGAUUUUGUCUUCGCAAGAGGAAAUCGUUGGGACUAUAACAAUUGGGCAGAUAUGGGAAACACUGGGUGGUCUUUUGAAGAUGUGCUUCCUUAUUUUCUAAAAUCCGAGAAUAACAAGGACCCGAACACAAUGGAAUCACCUUUUCACUCUCGUGACGGAAUGGUCUCAGUAGACAGAAGUCCAUUUUUAACCCCAUUGGCCCAAUCAUUCAUUAACGCAGGAGGAGAGAUGGGCUUUCCAUACAACGAUGUAAAUGGCGAGAGGCAAAUCGGAUUUAUGAUCGCCCAAGGUACAAUCAUAAACGGAACAAGAUGUAGUACAGGCAAGGCGUACCUGAGACCGGCUAGGAGGAGGAGAAAUCUCGUCGUCGCCAUGAGAGCACAUGCAACAAAGAUCAACAUCGAUCCACAAACCAAAACAGCAACUGGAAUCACUUUCAUCAAGGAUGGCCAAUACAUGACAGUGAAUGCAACAAAGGAAGUCAUAGUUUCAGCAGGAACUAUCAACAGCCCACAACUGCUCAUGCUAUCAGGAAUCGGACCCGCAGAACACCUGCAAGAACUAGGAAUAACAAUAAUUCAAAAUUUGCGAGUCGGUGAUAAUUUGCAUGAUCAUGUCGGUGUACCAGUAAUGUUUGAUGUACAGAACAAUGUUACUAUUAAUUGGAGAUCUACUUAUGAGAAUUUUUCAGCAAUUUUAGAUUAUGCUAAGAACAGAAAAGGCCCGUUAACAACACUACUCGGUGUUGAGUGCGUGGCGUUUAUUAAUUUGAACGACUCAAAUUUCAAUGGAGUACCAGAUGUUGAAUUCUUAUUCUCCACUUAUGUCCCAACAAAUCGUGAUGGACAACAAUUCGUGCUUCUUUCUUUUUUCCUCCAUCCAGAGAGCAGAGGCACGAUCAGACUCCGGGAUACAAAUCCUACCUCGAUGCCUUUGAUAGACCCAAGAUAUCUCACAUCGCAGACUGACAUCCAAGCCGGAAUAGAAAUGCUUCAAAUAGUCUACCGACUGGCACAGACGAAAUCGCUGCAACAAUUCAGGACACAAUUCAACUCAUCGGUUUACCCGCUGUGCUCCAAUCAUACUAACAGUCCAAAUGAAUUUUCAUUAUGCUUGUUAAUGCAGUAUUCUGUAACGAUAUACCAUCCGGUCGGCACGUGCAAAAUGGGCCCGUCAUCCGACCCCACGGCUGUGGUCAAUCCUAAACUGCAAGUCUACGGAGUCAACAAUCUGAGGGUCAUUGACGCCUCGGUAAUACCUGUAAUCACAUCUGCCAAUAUAAAUAGUCCUACAAUUAUGAUCGCAGAAAGAACAGCUGAUAUUAUAAAACAAGAUCAUGGCCAAUUACCAAACGGGCAAUAGUAAAAUCCAGGAUUCGUUUAUAUUUAUUAUGAUCAACUGCCAACAUAAAAAAUUUCAA